AUGGGCGGAGCCUAUUGUGUGAACAGGGUUGAUGACGGACUUUCAGUUCAGGUUACCUUCCCUCAUUUUGAAACUGAAGAAAACAGCGACACUCUGAGGCUUUAUGAAGGUGUGGGACCAAACAAAGUCUUCACAGCUCAGUUCUCAGGCUCCACCUCUCCUGGAAAUGUGUGGCUGCUGACCGACCAAUCAACUGUGGAGUUCACCUCUGAUGAUAUCAACAGUCUGUCAGGGUUCAUAGCCACGUACAGUGCAGCCAACAUUUCCACGCUGUCAAACGAGGAGAAGCUCACCUGCAACUUCGAGCAGGGCAUGUGUUUCUGGAGGCAGCAGCAAGAUGAUAACGGGGACUGGUUUCGAAUCAGAGGCCCCACUUUUCCGACUUUAACUGGCCCAAGUGUCGACCACACGCUGGGUAACAGCUCAGGUUUCUACAUUGUCACUUCUAAGAGUCCUGGCCAAUGGGAGAAGAGCUUCAGGCUCGACAGCCUUCCUCUGACUCCAUCCAUGCAGCCCAUGUGUCUGAGCUUCUGGUACCACAUGUUUGGACAGGAUGUUCACCAGCUCAGAGUCCGGCUGCUGAUGGAAUCUGAUGUUACCAUAUUCCAGAGAGAUGGUGACUAUGGCGACACCUGGAACUAUGGCCAGGUGACCCUUAACCUGACAUCAGAGGCUAUGGUGGCGUUUGAAGCUCUGAAGAAAGGAGGGAUGUUGAAUGACAUUGCUCUGGAUGACAUCACACUGACCUCUGAUGCCUGUGGGCCCGCCCCCCCUGAACCCACCAAUGUACCACCUCCAACAACCACACCCCCCAUACCAGCUGACUGUGGAGGCCCGUUUGACCUCUGGGAGCCAAACUCUACAUUCAACACACCAAACUACCCAGAAUCCUAUGGGAAUGGGGCAGAGUGUCUGUGGACUCUGCAUGCUGGGGAAGGUCACAAUAUUCAGCUCCACUUCCUGGACUUUGACAUUGAAGCAUCCAGUGAUAUGGUGGAAGUGCGGGAUGGGGCGGGGCCUAACUCCACCUUACUGGCUGUCCUCACAGGAAAUGGCCCCACCCAUGACUUCUUCUCAAUAGCCAAUCAAGUUACAGUGUGGUUCUAUACAGACAGUUCAGUUUCUGGGAAAGGAUUCAGAGCCAACUUCACCUCUGGGGUCAACCUGGGGUCACCAGCUCCGUGUGCUGAUGGUCAGUUCCAGUGUCAGACAGGAAGUUGCAUCCAUGGUAACAAUCAGUGUGAUGGUGUGGUCGACUGUCCCGACAGCUCUGAUGAAGCCAAAUGUGUUAUGUUGCAGGUAAAUGGUUCCAGUCGGCUUCAGGUUCAAAUUGUCUCUUCUCUGUUCACGGUGUGCACUGACACCUGGAGCUCUCAACUGUCUAACUUCACCUGUCAGUACCUCGGAUACAGGUCCGGGAAGGCCUCGUUCCUGCCGGCUCGGCCACAAGACUCGCCGUUUGCUCUCAUCACAAUCAGCAAUGAUGGGACACUGAAAACCAACAUCAGUGAAACUUGCCACAGAGAGGAAGUGAUGUCACUGGCCUGUAAUAACCAGCCGUGUGGAGUCCGUCAGGUCACAAAUGUCUCAAGGGAGGCAGACCAAUCAGAACACAGGACACCUGGUGAUGAAGGUGCUGGCCGAGUGGUGGGCGGGGUUAAUGCUGAGGAGGGUGCAUGGCCGUGGAUAGUGUCUCUUCAGUGGAGGGGACGUCAUGCCUGUGGAGCCUCAGUGAUUGGCAGUGACUGGCUGCUGACUGCGGCUCACUGCGUUUAUGGGAAGAACGUUGACCUCCAAUCAUGGUCGGCGGUUCUCGGUCUUCACGCUCAGAAUGAUCAAACCUCAGAGGCUGUUCAGACCCGACAAGUCGAUCGCAUCAUCUUCAAUGAGCAGUACAACAGACGGACCAAACAGGCCGACAUCGCCAUGAUGCAUCUGCAGCAGCCAAUCAACUUCACCCAGUGGGUCCAGCCAGUGUGUUUACCACCUGAAGGUCAGAAUUUCACAGCAGGAAGAAAAUGUUUCAUCGCUGGCUGGGGCCGAAACACUGACGGUUCUCUCCCCGAUGUUCUCCAGGAAGCCGAGAUUCCACUGGUGGAUCAGGAUCUGUGUCAACAGCAGCUACCCGAGUACACCAUCACCUCCAGCAUGCUCUGUGCCGGAUACCAAGAGGGAGGGGUCGACUCCUGUCAGGGCGACUCUGGUGGUCCUCUGAUGUGUCUGGAUGAUGGAAGCUGGACUCUGAUUGGUGUGACCUCAUUUGGCGCAGGCUGUGGACUUCCUCAGAAACCCGGAGUCUAUGCUCGAGUCUCAGCCUUUGCUUCCUGGGUCGCUCAGACCCGACGUUCCUCCUCUUCAUCACACUUUAAAGAUCCACUGUGACCUUCCACGUGUUCCGAUUAUAAAAGAGUCACAUGACACACUAACAGCUGACUAGAUGGAAACACAUUUCCAAAGAGAAAUCAAUCAAGUUUGAUUGUUUCAAAUAAAGAUCUGAUUAAUCAAGUCUAUGAAAUAAAGAUUUUAUUCUAAAACUUUCAUUAUGGCGUAAAAUCCAACUCUGUCAGCAGGUGGCAGCAGAACACAGUGACCAAAAAGAUGCGUUCAACUUUUUAUGUUUAUCAGUAACAACCAGAACAGAAAUGUGUUGAAUGCAGAGAAAAUAUCAAAUCUGUGAUUCUAAAAUCUCUUCUCUGUUUGUAUCAGUCUAAACAAAAUAAAUGAAAUUC